UGGUUCCUAAGUUGUAAAAACAAAAUUAUAUUUAAAAAAAAAUUGACGAAGUGAAUAACGUCUUCAAUGCAAACUUAGCCAGAAUUUCGAACUUAGGUGAACUGACCAACGCAGCUGGCGAUGUAACAAUAAACUUAACAGAAACACUUAUCCAUUUUACCAACAGUGCAAUGCAUUUCUUGCACAACAAUUUUAACUCUACCUUAGAUUCUCGUACUGCAAUUAUGGCUCAAAUGAUAUCUCUCGCUUCUCCAGCAAGAAUGCUUUUUGGGUGGCUUAAACAGCAAUAUCAAUUAGCCUCUUUCAAGAUAACCGACAGUGCUCUAAAGGAAUUAUUACAAAACCUGUCGUAUCGAAAUGACACCAUUAUAAAGGCCACUUCAAAAUCUUCCUUUGAAAACGUUGAUGGAAUGGAUGAUAACGGAAUGCGGCGAGAGGAACAUGCUCCACAAUUAACGACAUCUGCGAUGAUUAAAGUUUACGUUUUAUCUUUUAUGGCUCUUUUCUCAUUGGUUGGCAAUAUCUUGACCAUGUGGAAUAUUUUCAAGACACGCAUUUCACGUCGAACCUCGCGACAAAACUGGAGUGCUAUUUAUUUUCUUAUAUUCCAUCUAUCAAUUGCUGACCUUUUAGUGACCGGAUUUUGUAUAAUUGGUGAGGCUGCCUGGUGUUAUACGGUGGCAUGGGCGGCAGGUAAUUUAAGCUGCAAACUUGUGAAAUUUUUUCAAAUGUUCAGUUUAUAUGUGUCGACCUACAUUUUGGUGUUAAUUGGGGUCGAUCGUUGGAUUGCUGUUAAAUAUCCGAUAAAAUCAUUGAGUAUGGCAAAAAGAUGUCAUCGUUUGUUGGGAAGCAUAUAUGGACUUUCGUUUUUCUUAAGCUUGCCACAGUUUUUCAUAUUUCAUACCGCUCGUGGUCCCUUUAUUGAAGAGUUUUAUCAAUGCGUUACGCAUGGAUUUUACACCGCAGCGUGGCAAGAGCAAUUUUACACGACUUUCACAUUGAUAUUUACAUUUAUUUUACCGCUCGGCACUCUGUUUUGUACCUAUUGGUCAACGUUUUACACUAUUUCAAAUAGUGAGAAAAUCUUUCAAAAUUCUACACAGGACGCUUGCACCACGCAACCACUAAGGCAAAGCAAUCGUCAACGUCUUAUCCACAAAGCAAAAAUGAAAUCAUUACGUAUAUCUGUAGUAAUAAUAAUCGCAUUUUUAGUAUGUUGGACGCCGUAUUAUGUUAUGAUGGUUAUUUUUAUGUUUUGGAAUCCCGAUAUAAGGUUGGGUGAGGAUCUACAGUCAGCAAUAUUCUUUUUUGGAAUGUCGAAUAGUCUAAUAAAUCCUUUGAUCUAUGGUGCUUUCCACCUAUGUCCGACCAAAAGGACUAUUAAAAAAAACCGCAACAAUGACUUAAAUAAUUUCACUUUUAGACGUGAUUUGCAGAGAACAUCCUCCAUGUUGACGGCAGUUGACUGUAAUGGGCGCACAGUGCAAACGUAUCGUCAAACUUACUUCUGUCGAAUUAUUAGUGGUGAUAAAAAAUAGGACCUUAGCGGAGCGAAGGCUUUAAUUAAUAAAAACAUCGAAGAAAUAGCUGGAGGUGUUUGGCACUGCAUUUAAAGAGCACCAUAUUUCUAUCGGGGCGUAAAAUGAAGCCGAGUUCAUUUUCAUUUAACGAUUUACAAGACUGGUUUAAAACAUAAUAAUUCAUUUUUAAGCUUAAAUAAAUAAUUUUUUUAUAUUGAAUUAAAAAAACAGAUUCUGAAAGUAUUUUAAGUCUCAAUCUAUCUUCGCAUUUACCGGACUUAAAUAAAGUAAGAAUUAUUUAUUUUGUUCACACACAGAAAUAACUUUGGAAGAGUUUUUCCGUUGCGUUUCGCUUCAUUCCAUUUGGAAAUC